AUGAUGUCUUAUCUUAAGCAACCACCUUACGCAGUCAAUGGCCUGAGUCUCACAACCUCGGGCAUGGAUUUGUUGCAUCCGUCCGUCGGUUAUCCCGGGCCUCUGGCUCCUUUCGCAGCCACCCCCCGAAAGCAGCGGAGGGAGCGCACGACCUUCACCCGGGCUCAGCUGGAUGUGCUGGAGGCCCUUUUCGCCAAGACCCGCUACCCCGACAUCUUCAUGCGGGAGGAGGUGGCCCUGAAAAUCAACCUGCCCGAGUCCAGAGUUCAGGUGUGGUUUAAAAACCGCCGAGCCAAGUGCCGGCAGCAGCAGCAGCAGCAGCAGAACGGGGGCCAGAACAAGGUACGACCAGCUAAAAAGAAGAAUUCACCAGCUCGGGAAGUGAGUUCGGAGAGUGGGACCAGCGGGCAGUUCACUCCCCCCUCCAGUACCUCGGUCCCUACCAUUUCCAGCAGCAGUGCCCCUGUAUCCAUCUGGAGCCCAGCAUCCAUCUCCCCGCUCUCAGAUCCCCUGUCCACCUCAUCCUCCUGCAUGCAGAGAUCCUAUCCUAUGACCUACACCCAGGCAUCAGGCUACAGCCAAGGAUACGCUGGCUCAACCUCUUAUUUUGGAGGGAUGGACUGUGGAUCUUACUUGACCCCUAUGCACCACCAGCUUCCUGGACCGGGGGCUACCCUGAGUCCCAUGGGUGCAAAUGCGGUCACCAGCCACCUCAACCAGUCUCCAGCCUCGCUCUCCACCCAGGGCUAUGGAGCCUCCAGUUUGGGCUUUAACUCCACCACUGAUUGCUUGGAUUAUAAAGACCAAACCGCUUCCUGGAAGUUAAACUUCAAUGCUGACUGCUUGGAUUAUAAGGACCAGACAUCAUCAUGGAAGUUCCAGGUUUUGUGA